AUGGAAGACAAGUUUGAUGAAGGUCCGCGCAACUACAACGAUGAGUCAAGUGUCGUUGAGUUUGAUGAUCAUGAUGAGGACGAAGAAAAAGAAGAAGGUAAAACUGACGACGAAAUGGACUCGAGCGACGAUGACAACGAAGACACCAGGUCUUCGAAGAGCAACAUCAAGAGACACACGCGCACUCAAUCACUUGAGAAAGCUACCGUCAUUCCAAGUCCCAAGCGGAGAACAUACAGAGGUCCGUCGCUUGAGCAUGUGUCAGCGGCUGCAAUGGAUUUUGAAGCAGCCUACAUCGUUGAUUCAGUGGGGGAAACGCCGACUACAUUCAAGUCGGCGAUGGAAUCAAGCGACUCCGGCAAGUGGAAAGAAGCGUGUGACUCGGAGUUCGAUUCGCUUCAGAGAAACGACACGUGGGAAAUCGUGCCUCUUCCGAAAGGUCGCAAGGCCAUCGGGUGCCGAUGGGUUUUUCGUGUAAAGGAGAAUCAAGAUGGCGAAGUUGAACGUUUCAAGGCAAGACUUGUGGCCAAAGGAUUCUCACAGAAAUUCGGAGUUGACUAUGAAGAAACUUUCGCACCGGUGGCCAAGUUCACAUCGAUUCGUGUGGUGCUCAGUAUGGCGGCUAAGUACGGCCUAAUGCUACAUCAGAUGGACGUCAAGACAGCGUUUCUUAACGGCUCCCUCAACGAAGACAUCUACAUGGACCAGCCGGACGGAUACCUGGAUGCAACACAGCCGGACUAUGUGUGCAAGCUAAAGAGAUCACUCUACGGCUUGAAGCAAUCGCCUCGCAUGUGGAACCAAACAAUCGAUGGGUUCAUGAUCAAGAUGGGAUUCAAGAAGUGCGAAUCGGACCACUGCAUCUACAUCAAGCGAGACGACCAAGACAUGAUUCUCGUGGUGCUCUACGUCGAUGAUCUCAUCCUGGCCAGCAGCAUCAACGAACUCCUCAAGUCAACCAAGAUGGCGCUGAGCAAACGCUUCGAAAUGACGGAUCUCGGUGAGCUCGAUUACUUUCUCGGCAUGGAGAUCAAGAACGACCGUAAGACGGGAAUGGUGACUGUACAACAAACCAAGUUUCUCAAGUCCGUGUUAACCAAGUUCGGAAUGGAUAACAGCAAGCCAGUGAAGACGCCUCAAGAUCCCGGCCUGAAGCUAACCAAGAACAUGUGUGAACAAGAAUGCAAGCACGAAGACACCAUGUGCAACGUGCCAUAUCGAAGUGCUGUCGGAGGCAUCAUGUAUCUCAUGGUCGCCACACGUCCGGAUCUAGCUGCUGCAGUGGGAUCGUUAUCCCAGUUCUCGUCCGACCCAUGCCCGACUCACUGGCAAGCUUUGAAGCGUGUGCUGAGAUACCUGCAAGCAACGCCCAAUCAUGGUCUUGAGUUUACACGUGAAGAAGGAAGCCGUAUCUGCGGGUACACCGACGCAGACUGGGCCGGCGACAUUGAGUCAAGACGAAGUACAAGCGGCUAUGUGUUCAUGAUGAGCGGAGGAUGCAUCAGCUGGAAAAGCCAGAAACAACGGACGGUCGCGCUAUCUUCAACAGAAGCAGAAUACAUGGCGCUUUCCGAAGCAACCAAAGAAGCAGUAUGGCUCAAAGUGCUUUUGGGGGAACUUGGUGAGAUGACAAGCGACGAAGCGAUCAAGAUGUAUGAAGACAACCAAGGAUCAAUCGCUCUCGCCAAGAACCCGGAGUUCCAUAAGAGAACAAAACACAUCGACAUACGCUACCAUUUUGUGCGUGAGAAGGUGGAAUCAGGUGAAGUCGUUUUGGAGUAUUGCCCGACUCAAGAUAUGCUGGCAGACAUGAUGACCAAGCCGAUCGCCGCUGUACAAUUUGAAAACAUUCGCGAUCGACUUGGGAUCCAAGGUGCCGCAGCUAACGAGUCGAGAGGGAGUGUUGAAAAGACAGCGGCUGUGAAGAAGACACCUCGUCAAGCUGCGUCAAGUGUUGAAGCAAGUGGAAGACCAAGCUUCGCUAUACCGGUGGGUACCGGUAUGUACCAGUAA